UACAUAUUUCAAGUGCUACUACUGUGGAUGCUAAUUCCUUAAGCUCCUUACACUGUUGCUCAAUCUGGCCCACUAAUCUAGCUUUCUCCUAUAAAACCACACCAUUCCUAAUGCUGCCCUAGCUCUCCUAAGUCCUAACAUCUACAUAAUCCCCUGCAAAUCAAACCUCCUUCAAGUUUUAGCUCAUUUUUUUUAGCCAUGCUUACAUCCGAGGUUCCGGGAAUCCAAUACCUAGUUCCUGAAAUCAUGACCGCGUUUCCUAACAACACCGGUGUGAUGCAAAACAAUAUGAAUAUUUCAUUCCUAACCACCUUGCCAAAUUCUCAAAACUCGCCUCCUGUCUACAAGUUCAGUCCCGGAUAUGCGUGCUUGAGCAACAACUCGACUUCUGAUGAAGCAGAGGAGCAUCAAGUAAGCAUCAUCGACGAAAGGAAGCAGAGGAGAAUGAUUUCCAACAGAGAAUCUGCGCGUAGGUCGCGGAUGAGGAAGCAGAAGCACCUGGACGAGCUGUGGUCGCAGGUGGUUCGGCUUAAGACAGAGAAUCACCACCUUAUAGACCAGUUGAACCAUGUGUCCGAGUGCCAUGACAGGGUCGUCCAAGAGAAUGCAAGGCUUAAGGAAGAGGCUUCAGAGCUCCGCGAAAUGCUCACUGACCUCCAAAUCGGAAGUCCUUACUCGGGUCUGAGAGAGCUGGACGAAGUUACCUGCAACACAGCUUAUCUCAAGGCUGAGUCUUCAAACCAAUCCAUUAGUACUAGUUCUGAAAAACUACUUCAUUGAGAAGGAGCUGUUCUGUUUUUUGCUUUCAAUUUACUUGUCUAUGUUAACCAGUAGUAUUUGCCUUCACUUGUGCCGUAUGAGAUCAGAAACAAAGCGUGAAGUGCGCAAUAACAUCUUAAUUUCAACCA